AAGCAGGGUGCGCCUGGGGCGGAGUCCUGGGUCCCGGCCGGACCUUUUCCGUCCUCUUUGGACCAGAAGUGGGAAGCAAAGUGAGGCGAUCCAGGCUGCAGAGGACCGAACAGAACUUUGCAGAAUUUGGAAUGUACGGGGUGAGGUUGCUGAGGCCUUGACUCGCCUCCGGCCUCUGUCCCCUGGUCACCAUCCAGUGGGCUCCCGCCUCCUGCUCUCAGACCCAAUUCUGUUUGCUCCCACUGCCUGCAGCUCCGGGGACAGAUCCUGAAACUGGCUCUCUUUUAACUGGGUUGCUAGCCUGAGCCUGAUUCUUGCGCGCGGGCAACCGAGCCGAACGACAGCCUAGUGUCAUGACGGAAGGGCAGGCAGUCCCGGGAGUCGGGGACUGGGAGAUCGACGUGGAAAGCCUAGACCUGGAGGAAGAUAGCUGUGGGACUCCUCUGCGGGCCACGCCGCCGCAGGAACCCAGUCCGGCGGCGGCCGAUGGGGAGGAGGACGAGGACGAAGAAGAGGAGGAUGAAGAUGUGGAGGACGAGGGUGACGGCGAGGAGCCCGGCGCGUCCCCGGAGGUGCCAGGCCGGCCAGAGCAGCCCGGGGGACUGGCACCCAGGCCACCGCCUGCUGCUCAGGCGCUGCCAGCCGCCGCCGCCGCCGCCCCUGAGCGCGGUGCCACCGCUGGUGGCAGCGCAGAGCCGCGCAAACUGAGCCGCACGCCCAAGUGCGCACGCUGCCGCAACCACGGCGUGGUGUCCUGUCUCAAGGGCCACAAGCGAUUCUGUCGCUGGCGGGACUGCCAGUGCGCCAACUGCCUGCUGGUGGUGGAGCGCCAGCGUGUCAUGGCCGCCCAGGUGGCGCUCCGGAGGCAGCAGGCCACAGAGAGGCAGUUAAUAUUCUUCCUAAUGAGCAUCAAGUUCUGCCUAAGUGUCAAGGACAAGAAGGGACUUUCUGGGAAACAGAACAAUUUCGAUCGGAAAGCAGUGUACCAGAGGCAAGUCAGGGCGCCAAGUUUGCUGGCCAAAAGCAUUUUAGAAGGCUAUCGCCCAAUGACUGCAGAGACUUACCUAGGAGGGACCCUUCCUCUACCCCCGCCUGUCAGUGAUAGGAUGAGGAAGAGAAGAGCCUUUGCUGACAAGGAGUUGGAGAACAUUAUGCUGGAGAGAGAAUAUAAAGAGAGGGAGAUGUUAGAAACAUCUCAAGCUGCUGCCUUGUUCUUGCCCAACCGUAUGGUGCCUGGACCUGAGUACAGUUCCUACAAAGGUACCUACAACCCCACUGCAGGAGAGCUGCCGAGCAAGGACUUCUGUAACUUUUUACCUACCUGCCUUGAUCUCACCAUGCAGUAUUCAGGGUCUGGGAAUAUGGAACUUAUUUCUUCUAAUGUCAGUGUGGCCACAACUUACAGACAAUAUCCCCUGUCCUCAAGAUUUUUAGUUUGGCCCAAGUGCGGUCCCAUUAGUGACACCCUUCUCUACCAGCAAUACCUGUUAAAUGCUACCACUUCUGUCCAAGCCCUGAAGCCUGGGGCUGGCUGGGACUUGAAAGGAACCCGAGUUCAGGAUGGGCUUAGCACAGAGCAAGACAUGAUGCCACCCAAACUGGAAGGCUCUCUGGUGCUGCCCCAUCUGCCCGAGGUCCCAGCCUCGAGAACGGACCUUCAGGUUCACCAGGUUGUUCCAGAGAGGUCUGCCUUCUCCCCACCCGGUCGGAAUUUCUCUCCCAUUGUUGAUAUGGACUGCCUGGCAGCUCAAGGGCACGUCUUAACCAAGCUCAGCAAAGAAAACACUAGACCUUCUCUGCCACUUAAACCUAAUCCAUUCCACUCAGUAUUCCAGCAGACGCUCAGCGACAAAUCAGGCCCUGAGUUGAAAGCACCAUUUGUCAAAGAGGCCUUUGAAGAGACCCCAAAGAAACACAGAGAGUGUUUGGUCAAGGAGAGCCAGAAGUACACAUUUACAAUAGACAGAUGCGCAAAAGACCUCUUUGUAGCCAAACAAGUUGGAACGAAACUUUCGGCGAAUGAGCCACUGUCGUUUUCUGUCGAAUCUAUUCUUAAGAGGCCUUCAUCUGCUGUCACUCACGUCUCUCAGUAAAGGGCUGCUUACAAGGGAAGCUGGAUUUUCUCCAGUCUCUUGGCAGUUACCAUUUUUUUUUUUUUAAAGUUAAGAUGUAUGUAUAAAGAAAUUUCUAAUGUAAAUGACCGAUUCUUAAAACCCUAUGUAUUUCCUUUGCAUGUAUCUUUUCUAUCACACCAGUAUAUUUAAAGAUAGAAACUACUUACUGUGCAAAUUGUAAGGGUCCGUGCUUUCCACAGCAUUCCAAAAAGCAAUAAAAAUAACACCGUCUUCUAAA